AUGAAGUCGCAACCGGGAGUAGCGGCGACGGCAUCUGCAGCUACGGCACCUCUUCUCAAAUCUCAUCCGCAUAGCAGUGGUCAUUCCGUCUCGUCCUCUUCAGCAUCUUCCGUUUCCAAGUGCACCAGGUUGUCCCCGUCUACUCAGACCCAGUGCGCCGUGCAGUCGAUCGCUCCUGCUAAUCAAGGCGUCUACGAUCAGCAGCAGAAUCCGGCCAGUGGCGGCUUUUCGGCCGGUGGUCACCCAUGUAGUGUUCUCUACGUGUUUUCGACCACUUUGGCUAACCGAGCCGCACAGUCGGUUGCAUGUCGUCAGUAUAACAGCAUUCUCGAAUUUCACCAGAACCAAGAGGAUACGCGCCGGCUUUUACUUAAUACCACAACUUACUAUGGAAACUUGCAGUUGCCGUCUUCUACCGUCGGCAAACAGGGUUUUAACAGUGUCGGCGGAAUGGCGGAAGCCAGCGGUGGUGGGAGCGGAGGCGACAGGGGCUCUUCGUCCGAAGCCCCCGUCGAGGGUGUUCCCUCCGCUUCCUCAUCAUCGUCUACGCCUGGCUUUUCCUCUGAACGUUCGAAGUGCAAAUCUGAUAACGCCAAAGUUUGUGGCGAUGGCUCGCAGUCUGACAUGAAGCGCAAGCAAUGCAGUUCUCUGACUAUAAACAUAAAGAAAGAGGCGAUGUCCCCUGUUCCCUACAAUCAAUCAUCACUCUGUCCUUCAAAAGACGGCGAUGGUGAUAAGGAAGCCGCUGCUACUGUAACAUCAUCAGGUCUGGCCGAGCAACCGCCGACCUCCGCGUCGUCCGCUCCGCCCUUCUCACGUACCGUCGAUACCUCUAAUCUCCCAUUGUCUGACGUGCCAAACGUAACGAUCACCGACGAUCCUUUGGAAAAGAUGGCCAAGCUAACAGAGGAAACGCUUCCAUUCGAACCUCCUUUGGGAGUGUGGUACCGCAUUCAGGUACUGCAGCAAAUGUGCAAUGGCGUUUUAGGAACUCCCGACGAGUUUCUGUCAUCGUAUAAUGUGUCAGUUCGCAAGUACUGGACAGCACCAGACGUAAAAAUUUGA